AUGGUUCUCCUCCGUUCUUUCCUGACGGCAGCUGCCCUGCUAGGUGCAUCUGCCCAGGCCCAGAGUGUCGUUGGUACUCCGUUUGGCUUCGCCAGCGGGACUACUGGCGGUGGUAACGCCGCUCCGGCGGCGCCCAAGGACCCAAGUGAGCUCAAGGAAUGGCUGGCCGACUCUACCCCCCGAGUGAUUGUGAUCGACAAGGAGUUCAACUUCAUCGGUAGUGAAGACACUUGUACCGACUGCGAAUGCUGUGUCCCGGAGUCGAACACCUGCGGCGAUGCUGGGCAGAAUGCAAUCAAAACCGAGGGUUCUGACUGGUGCGGUUCCUACCCUGCUACGAAGUGCACAUACGACAAUGCCGGCCUUCAAGGCAUGGAGGUUGCCUCUGACAAGACCAUCAUCGGUGUGGGCGACGCCGGUGUGAUCCGUGGUAAGGGUCUGAGGCUGGUCAAUGGCGUCAGCAACAUCAUCAUCCAGAACAUUCACAUCACCGAGCUGAACCCCCAGUACAUCUGGGGUGGUGAUGCUAUUUCGCUCGACGGCACGGACAAGAUUUGGAUCGACCAUGUCAAGGUCUCCCUGGUUGGCCGCCAGAUGUUUGUAACUGGUUAUGAGUCUAGUGGUGGUGUUACUGUUUCCAACAGUGAGUUUGACGGUCAGACUAAGUGGUCCUCCUCCUGCGAUGGACACCACUACUGGUCUGUCCUAGGUUAUGGCAAGGGCGACCAGAUCACCUUUGCUAACAACUACUUGCAUCACACGUCCGGCCGUUCUCCUAAGAUCGAGUUCGAUAGCCACUGGCACGCAUACAACAACCUCUGGGAGAACAACAGCGGUCACGCCUUCGACGUCGGUGAGGGAGCCAAUGUGCUUAUUGAGGGCAACGUUUUCUCCAAUGUCAAGACUCCUAUGAACCCCGAGAAUAAGCCCGGCUCCACCUUUGCUGUGAACGCUCAGGACGCGUCUUCCUGCACCUCUGCGCUCGGCCGUCCUUGCAUUGCGAAUGAGCUGACCAGUUCCGGCGAAUUGUCGGGCAAUGACGAAGCGGUUCUCUCCGGCUGGCCGAAGGGCGAAGGCGAUUCUAAGGCUAUGACCACAGAUAAGGUGCCUUCCUAUGUCAAGGCCAACGCGGGUGUCGGCAAGUUGGGCGCUGGCGGUGCUUCCAGCAGCGCAAGUGUUACUCCUUCCCCUACCUCUAGCGCGGUCCCAUCUUCCAGCGCAACCCCAUCCUCGUCGGCUUACGUCAGGCGCCAUCACGCCCGUCGCCAUCACUAG